UUCGUUCCAUUCUCGUAGCAUGAAGCAUCACUACCUGGUUGGAAGAAGCUAACAGCUGGGCGGUAAAUCUCUACAAUGGGGAUCACCAAACUGGCAGAUCUGAUUCGGGAAGAUGCUCCCGGUGCCGUUUCUCACAAAGAUAUCAGCGAUUAUGCAGGGAAAGUCAUUGCGCUGGACGCGUCCAUUGUGUUGAACCAGUUCCGUGCGGCGGUGCCUUCACUCGGCUUCCUGAGCCCCCUGACAGGUGUGUUCUUCCGCACCCUCACCUUCCUGGAACAUGACAUAAAGCCGGUCUUUGUGUUUGAUGGGAAGCCCCCCUGGGAGAAGAGAGCUGUUCUUGAGAAACGAGCCGAAGCAGCUGGAUGGCGCUCCCCCAACCACUCAGGCACAGCAUCCUCCCAGACCAAAGACUGUCUCCACCUCCUGAAGCUGCUGGGUGUGCCCAUCAUCCAGGCUCCAGGGGAGGGUGAGGCGCUGUGUGCCCAGCUGGUGAGAGACGGGACUGUGGACGCUGUGGCCUCAGAGGACAUGGACACGCUCCCGUUUGGAGGGAAUGUUCUCAUCCGCCAGCUGAACGCAAAGAAGGACAGUGACGUCAUCGAAUACUCUUUGCCCAAGCUCUUGGGCAUUCUCAAAAUUUCUCACGAGGAGUUUGUAGACCUGUGUAUUUUGCUGGGCUGUGACUUCUGCGACAAGAUAGCAGGUUUGGGUCCUAAGAGAGCUCUGAGCCUGAUCCGGGAGCACCGGACUAUAGAGAACGUGGUUUUGCAUGUCAACAGAAGGACACAUCCUGUACCUCAUUUCUGGAAGUACAAAGAUGCAAGGAAGUUGUUUUUGAACGCACCACAAACCGUAGUGCCUGAACUGGUGUGGACCGAGCCGGAUGAAGAGGCCUUGGUCGAGUUCCUCUGCCGUGCCAAACAUGUCAAGGAGCACAGGGUCCGUUCACGAAUGGAGAAGUUUCGUCAGAUGCGGGAAAAGAAGAGGAAAGACAGGGAGGAUGAGAAGGCAGCAGGACAUGGCAGACAAACUCGCAUGGAAGACUUCUUUCGAGUUACCAGAAAGAGGCAGCAGCUGGUGGAGGCUGGCGAUUCUGGGAGCAGCAAAGGAAAGAGACCAAAGCCAAAAUAAGGCUGCCACCACCUGGCAUUUGUUACCUCCACCAGUGAAGCUGCUGCAAGGUUACAUUUUUAUCCCUCGCUGUCAGUUUGUUUGCAAGAUAUAACAAGAGGAGGGAUAUUUCCAAAUGGAUUUCGCUGACAACCGACUAUACAGAGGAAUCUACAAUUACAACAAUAUAAUUAACUGAGCAAAAUCUUCAAUUCAUGUGAAAAAAAAGCCUGGUUUCCUGGAAGCUCCCCAAGACGCCCAGUGAAAGCAGUCAGCAGCUAUGAAAGAGAACAGUGUUAUCAGUGUCAGCGAGGCCUUCCCCUGAACCAGAGCGGGAGACAGGGGGCGUCUCAUUACAAGAUAUUCACUGGGCACCUGUUGUGCCAACGCUGCCAAGGCAGAGACCAAAGACCUGAAUUUUAAAACAUUUUCUACUGAAGGAGGAUCAUGUCUUGAGAUUUUAAAAUGUUUAAAAGGUCCUGUAGAUGGUAAAAUAUUUUUGUUUUGUACAGAGUCGCCAAAUAUGUAUUGAGUACAUAAUUUUGAUUUCUAUGCAAGAUU